GACUCAGGAGGCUCGGAAACUCAAGUUAGCACCAAGAUCUCCACAUUUCAGCAUGGGGGGUUUCUAAUGACAAAAUAGCUACCCCGAUCCACAUUCUGGCGUUUGGUCUCGUAUAACUUACUUUAGGCCGGCGUAUUGUAGUCGGGUGGACGGGAUUGGUCGCCGUGCUGGCUUCCGCAUUGAGCAGAAUUUCCGUGCCGUCCUCCGCAGCCAAUGGAGGUGAAGCACGUGGAGGAGGUUCAGAAGCUCAGUGCGGUGAUCUCGGAGCUCGAGCUCAUACUGCACUCUGCCGCCGCUAAGCCGCCUGAUCCCCUCUUCUGCUUCGAUCUACUAAAGAAUCUCCAUGUCUCCAUCGAGAAUGAACCCGAGGAGUCGCUGCAGCUCAUGCAGCGGCGCAGCGAGGACACCCUGCAGGCGCUGCUGCUGCAGGGCGCGGGCCCCCCCAACCGGCGGCUGCUGGCGGGCGCGCUGGUGCGCGUGAUAGAGCGCGGAGACUCCAUCUCCGUGUACUCGCGCGUCAGCUCCCUGCAGAGCUGGUUCUUCGAGAAGGGGGAGAAGCGGGCAGGCGCUGUUGUGGGGGCGCUGGAGGCGCUGACAACCAUCACGCGCGCCUUUGGCACGCGGAUUGCAUCGAGCCUGACGGAAACCGUCAACGUGGUCAGCAGGCUGCUGCGCAAUGCAGAGCCCAGCGUGCGCAAUGCAUCCCUGCAGCUGCUCCUAGCAGCAGUCGAGGUGAUGAAAGGCGCUGGCCCCACGUCCGCGUACACCGAUGCAGUGCGCGCCCUCUCCGGCUACGGCGUGAGGGACAGGUCCGCCCUGGUGCGCGAGACAACGGCUCAUUGCAUCCGGGCCCUCGCGGUCACAGGGGGACCAGGGCUGGCUGGAGGGGCGCUUGACUCCAUGGCACAGCUGUGUGUGAAGGCGGUGGACGACCCAGCUCAGGCAGUGAGGGACGCCUUUUCUGCUGCCCUGGGCGCUGUGGUGGCCCUCGGCCUCAACCCUUCCGCUCAGAUCAUUCCACGUGGCAAGGCGUCAGCAGCGCCCCCCAAGCCCAUGGACAACGCCAUUCAGAAGUAUCUCACCACGCCCUUUGUUCGAGCUCCAGCGUCGCGCAGCAAGGAGAUUCGCCUGGCCAUUGCCAUGGCAUGGGUAGCACUGCUCCAGGGUCUGAGGACUCAGUACGGAGUAGCAGACAUGGACCUAGUGCCCUACGGCAUGCAGGCGCUGGCGCUGCUGCCGGCCUAUGCCCGCUCCAUUGACUCACAGGCGCAGGCAUGUGCGCUGUACGUUCUUCAAGUGGGCCUCGUGGAGCAGAUGGGGGAGGAGGCACAGCGCGAGUUCACACGCACCCUCACACACCAGCUGACUGCCAGUGACAUGGGUCCGCACAUGCUGGUGGCGGCUCUGCGCACCCUCUCUCACCUCCUCACCACACUCGGGGAGGUCACGCAAGCAGCACGAGAGGCACUGGACUAUGGCCUGCUCGCAACUCUCUCCAACCCUUCACCUGCUGUGCGGGUGGAGGCGGCGCGCACCAUCAAGGUGUUGGCGCAGGUGGACGCGUCCCGUGCUCACUCCUUCAUUCUCUCCGGCUUCACUGCGCUCCGAGCCCUCAGGGAAACCAUGAACACAGAGAAGGGCGACCGGCUGAAAGUGACUCUCGACUCCCUGCACGGCCAGGCGCUCAUGCUCUCCGCGCUGCUCGUUCUCGGGCCCAAGCUGCCCCUCGGUCUCCCUUCCAGUCUCUCUCUCUCCAUCCUAGACAUGGCGCAGCAGAUGGUGCUGUCGCCAGGCCAGCUGCCAGCAGCAGCAGCAGCGGACCAUGAGGCCGGCUGGAUCCUCAUUGCCUCGCUGCUGCUCUCCAUGCCCAAGGAGGAGGUGGCACGGAGGGAGGUGGAGUUCCUUGCUCUGUGGACCAUGCCCUUUGGGGGCAGCUGCGCCGACAGGGUCAAGAGGAUUGACGCUGCGAGCCUGCCCGGAGAGCUCAACUGCUGGUCCGCAGCCAUGGACGCGCUGAGGGCGUUCAUAGUGAGCUACGUGGUGCCCAACCUUGCAACUCCCUCUGUGGCGGACACCAUCAACCCCAUCAUGGGCUACCUCUCAGGAGCGCUGACUUACAUUGCAUCAUCCACUUUGGGUGAGGCGUCGUCGUCGGUGAAGCAGCAUGCGGAGCUGUUCAUCGUGCGCACGCUCAACACCUUCCUCUCUCUGCCCGACCCCGCGCUCUACCGCCACCUGCACCCCAUGCUCAUCGACAUCUGCACCGCCCCCUUCCGAGAGACAGCGUCGUACCCCAGCAGCUCUCUCCUGCGCACUCUCCUUGAACCCAGUGACGCCAAUCUUGGCCCCUGGUUCCCUGGCAGGGAUGUGUUGGAGGAUGAGUUACGCGCACUGGAAGGUGGCAUGGAUGGGGUGAUUGCAUCUGUAUGGGAGGAGGACACCUCCACCUUCCCUCAGUCCGUGCCUCUGGGAGUGGCCCUAGUGGACUCCAUGCUCCGCUGCUUCAUCGCUCUCUUCCCCAUUCAGGUGUGUGUCCCAUGCCCCAUGCCCUGAGCCCCGUGCAUGCCCCAUGCCCAAUG